CUCCCAUUCCCCCUCUCUGUCUUCAGAACAGAGUUUCUGCGGUUUUCCCUCAUGUUUCAUUUCCAAGGUCUCUCCUUUCCUCUUUCUUCAUGGCUCUUCUUCUCCUUCUUCAACCUUUUCAUCCUGUUUAUUUGUUGGAAAAGAUGUAAAGCCAGAGGCCAAGUUCUCCAGAAGCUUCCCCCAGGACCAUGGAAACUGCCUCUUAUAGGGAACCUGCACCAGCUGGCUUUUUCAUCCCUACCACAUCGUUCCAUGAGAGACUUGGCCAAGAAACAUGGACCCAUUAUGCAACUGCAACUGGGUGAGGUGUCGGCCAUAAUCAUUUCAUCACCAGAUUUAGCCAAACAGGUGCUCAAGACACAUGACACUGCAUUCGCAAAUCGGCCUAGCGCUCUUGCUGCUGAAGUUUUGUCUUAUGGGUAUUCAGGUAUUGUCUUUACUCCCUACGGUGAUUAUUGGAGACAAAUUCGAAAGAUUUGUGUCGUGGAGCUCCUAAGUGCUAAGCGUGUCCUGUCGUUUAGAUCUGUACGAGAAGAAGAGGCGUGUAAUCUUGUGGAAUCAAUUUCAUUGUCCGGGUCCGGGGGAUUUCCGAUCAAUCUCAGCGAGAAAAUCUUCUCCUUCACAAAUAGAAUUGCUUCCAGGGCGGCAUUUGGGAAGAAAUGCAAGUAUGAAAAAGAAUUCAUAUCGUUGGUCAGGGAAGGUUUUAGUCUCAGUGGAGGCUUUAAUGUGCCUGAUCUUUUCCCUUCAUUGAAGUUCCUUGCUUUCCUUACUGGGAUGAAGCCUGCGUUGGAGAAACUACACAGAAAGAUGGACAAGAUUCUCGAGGAUAUAAUCGAGGAGAAGAUGCAAACAAUUACAACUACCAAAGAUGAUGAUAUAGUUGAUGUGCUUCUUCAACUUCGGGAGACGGGCGGGGUUGACUUUAAUAUCACCACAAACCACAUCAAAGCUGUCACUCUGGACGUUGUCUCUGGAGCAAGUGAAACUUCAGCAACUACAAUAGAAUGGGCAAUGUCAGAAUUGUUGAGAAACCCAAGAGCAAUGGAGAAGGCACAAGCUGAAGUGCGACGAGUCUUUGAGGGGAAGAGGAACAUUGAUGAGACAGACAUAGAGAAACUAGAUUACUUGAAAUUUGUUGUCAAAGAAACUCUGCGAUUACACCCUCCUGGUGCCUUACUCCCAAGAGAAUCAAGGGAAAAGUGUGAACUUAGUGGAUAUAUGAUUCCAAGCAACACAAAAGUAGUCAUUAAUGUUUGGGCCAUCGGUAGAGAUCCAGAAUAUUGGAUUGAUGCUGAUUGCUUUCGCCCAGAGAGGUUCCACAGCUCUUGUAUUGAUUUUAAAGGAACAAAAUUUGAAUACAUUCCUUUUGGAGAUGGUAAGAGGAUAUGUCCAGGCAUAUCAUUUGCUUUAGCUACCAUUGAACUUGCUCUUUCUCAGUUGUUGUAUCGCUUCAACUGGAAACUCCCCAAUGAUAUCAAACUAGAAGAACUUGACAUGUCUGAAUUUCUCGGAUUAUCUUGUAAGAGAAAUAAUGAUUUGCACUUAGUUGCCACACCUUGGAUUCCUCUUAGUUAAAGGAACCGAAUAGGGAUGUUGUUUUUAAUCGUGUUGGCAAACAAUACUUUACGCUUUUGUGUUUAAUCGUGUUUGCUUU